AUGCGUGCCUUCGCUCUCUCUGCCGCUCUCCUGAGCGGGUUCUUAACCUGCUCUUCCGCACUCUCCGACCUGGAUGCAUCAGUAUGGAAGAAUAUCGAGUCUAAGGUGGACUCUAGGUCCAUCAAACGACUCUCGAACCGUCCUGCCAAGCGCCAGUCCGGAUGGAGCCCGCCAUCCGAACUCUCGACAGCUCUUACUGAGGUCUGGGAUCACUAUGAAUCCACAUACAGUGGUGGCCCAUUCGCAGAGACCAACUGGGGAUGGCACCAGACCAUGAACAACAAGGGGCAAAGAACCCAGCUUGCAACCAAGUAUGCCGAGCAAUACGAGAAAUGGUUCACCUGGGUGUAUGGGUUUGAUGGAUUCCCUUACUCCGCCAUCGACGUCAAGAUUGUCGGAUGGGCCGUCAAGGAUACGAGCCUCCUUCAGGGGUCCACGGAUGGCAUCACUGUAUACACUGAAAAGGAUUCCGACGGAGUCCCGAUGUGCACUGAAGGCAAAUUCGACCAAUCGCUUUGGCUCACCGACGGACUCGAUGGAGGCUUCGGCUACACUUGGGGUCAGCAAGUAGGCCGUGAAUACUUCAUGGACAACAUUGAUUCUGAAAACAUCCACAUUCUCCUGCACGAGAUGGGCCACACAUUCGGCCUUGACGACUACUGGACCCCUACUGGCGUUACCAACUUCAUCAUGCUCGCUGGAUCUGCCAUGGAGGUGACCGACUUUGAUGGUUGGAUGUUCCGUAACUGGUGGUAUGAACUCGCCCAGAAGAACAGCUGGUCCAGCGGAAGCUCCGAUUCGACCGGCACUCCUUCUUCAGCCAGCUCCGCAGUUGCAACCACGCCCGCAGCUACCGCACCCGCCACGACUGCUGCUCCUUCUCCUACCACCACCCCCGGCGGCUCGCCCGCUUCUACCGUCAGGACCAGGACCAGAACCAGAACCAGGACCUCGAAUGGAGCUGUCGAGACACCCACCCAGGCUACGCCAGUUAUCCCGGCACCUUCCCAGGGAGGCUCCCAGGGCGGCAUGGCAGCAAAGAAAUGGGGACAAUGCGGCGGAAUUGGACACUCGGGCUCGACCGAAUGUGACGAAGGGCUGAAGUGCGUUCAGCAGAACGAGUACUACUUCCAGUGUUUGUAA